GAAACAUCAUGAUGGCGGAAGAUAGUGAAGUCCUCGACAGUUGGGAAGAUCAAGUGGACAGUGGGGUCUUGGACGAACGUCUCAAGAAGAUAUCUAUAUCACAAGUGAAAGAAACAAAAAGUAGCUCUACUGCUUGCACUGCCAUCAUGGUGAAGGAAGACACUGGCAGAACUGAAUACAAGCCACAAGUUCGGAUAUUAAAGCGAGAACCAAACACAGCUGCCAAUGGCGUGCCUGGCAAUAGUACCAGGGCUCUUAAAGCCAACAAGCCCAUGAAGACCUUGGAACAACGUGAGGCAGAAUAUGCAGAAGCACGACUGAGGAUCUUUGGACAAGUGGAAGCAGAUGGAGAGCAAAACUACAAUAACAACAGUAUGUUUAGUGAAACAAGUGCCAGCCCAAGCAUUGAGAGGCCUGAAAAAUUGACCAAAGGGGACUCUCCAAAGCCUGGAGCUAAUGUCUUAAGGCAACCACGUGGUCCUGAUGGCUCUCGAGGAUUUAGCUCAACAAGAUAACAUUAUGGACGUAUGAGCAAUUUAAGCAACAGAGAGAAAGGAAAGACUGCAGGUGUCUCUCAACACAGUUAUGUAUCAAUGCUUUUGUGAAAAGCUGGCUGUCAUGAAGAUCAGGAUGAAAAUCAAAAUUUGUUUUUUUGCUUAGUGUAUUUUAACUUUUUUCUUUCCCAUAAUUUUUUAAUAUUAUUAUGUAAAGUUUAGAUAAAUGUUUUCCCUUUUAGAGAACUCUUUAAGGCUGUGUGUCUUAGUACCCAGUUUUGAAUGCACUAGGCCACCAGAUGUGAAUUAGAAUUUUUUUUUCAAGUUUAUUUUGUAGGUUUCUUGUAUGCUUUAUUGAAAUGUGUUAAAAAAAAAAGUGUUCUUGUUAGCUAGUGUGUAAAUAAUCAUGCCUUUGGUACCUAGUGACCAUAUCAAUCCAUCGUAUAAUUUACACACCAGGCAUGAUACUACCGUCAGUUGUGACACAUCAUGUCAUCAUGAAAUAAAAAUGGUAGGUAGGGAGAUUUAAACUUGUGUUGUAUUUAUUAUUAUUAAUUACAGCAACCAAAAUAACAACUGAAACAUCUUGUAUCUUCUCUGCUUGAAGGGCCUUGGUAUUCAGAGGCACUAAAAACUUGAAAACUGUGAAGGAGAAAUAGUCUGGUUUUUUUUUACAUGUCAGUAGUAAAUUGGUCAUAACUGCUGUGUAGAUUUCACAGUAGAAAAGAUAAAUGCAAGUGUCUUGACCAGCAAGCCAGUUAAUAUGUUAAUGUGUUGGUGCUGUGGAGAGAUCCAAAGAAGAGAGGACAGGCUACCCAUGUUCUGUACCAGUUUGGCUGUGUCUGCUGAAGGGGGAGAGGAGAGUGGAAAUUUCCAAGAUCACUGUCGUUUACAUGUCAGUAUGGUUUUGGUCCAUAAAUGUAUGUGUGGUUAGCAUCAAAACACUGUGGAUUCACCAGAGUGUAGAUGCAUUCACAUCUGUGCACACCCAAUGUCCAGUCAGAAACCACGAACAAUAUAUUCAUUCUGAAAAAUGCAAAACGGUCACAAAUAUUUAAGAAAAAAAAAUAUCAAAUUUUUAUGGAGGUCAUAAGGAUUUUCUCAGGGGGUGGGAAAAAGAAAAUAAGAAACGUUUUUUUUGUUUGUUUUAAGCUUCUGUCUCAUAGUUAUUUUUUAAUAUUUCACACUGUGAGAAACCGACUUCUUUGUUUUUGUUUUAUGUUUUGGAACGGAAAAGUCAUUUUUUUUGGAAAUGUUAUUUUAUUUGUACUAUAGAGUAAUAUUGUUUGUGUUAUGCUUUUGAAUUCUGUAUACUUUGUAGAGUGAUCAUAAUGAACAAGUGUUACUUUGAAUUUCUCUGUAGACUGUGUAUCAUAUUUCAAAUGUGUUGGGUUUCAUCCCAGAUACUAGCAGGCUUACAGUGGAUACCACCCAAAAGAGCAUUUGACAACAUUACUUUUAAAACAUUUUCAUAUCCCUUUAAAAAAAAACGAUAGUGCCUGAUUUCUCACACUUUACUGUCUCUGACUGAACAAAUGAAUUUUCUUUUCAAGGAACUCUUGUGAUGAAGUGUGAAAAUUAUCAUGCUGUGAUAAGAGAUGCAUCAGUUCAAGCCAACUUUGAGCACUUAAAAGCUGGAAGAGCUGUGCCUUGUUUUCUUGUUUGCUUCUCUAUGCUGUUGUAAAUAGCAAGAAAGGAAUGAAAAUCUUUAGCAGAAAGAUGGAGAUAAAAGAGAUUUUGUUGAUUCAUUCAGAUUUCAUGUUAUAUUUUUAAGAAGGUAAGAAGCUACUGGUUUUAGAUAUAAAACUCAUUACUCAUGUUUACCACUUCACUUCAAACCCCUAUCAAGUAUGUGAAAUGCUGGCUCCUUGACAUGCAAAAUUAGACAAAAUAAGUUACUUUGUAGUUUGAGUCAAUUUUAAGUAAGAGAUAAUGUUCAUUGUGUAACAGGAGGAAAUUACUAUAUUUUAAAUGGUAGUUUUAGCAAGCCUAAAUAAAACAGAGAUAUUUAAAGGAAAGAUCUAGCCAUCAUUUUAUUGUUAGCACAUAUUUCUGAUGGCAAUAGUAAAGGAUAGAGGUAGCUUUCUAUGCAUAGAUUCAAAGAGGUGAAGUGGGAACUUGCUCCACAUUGCCAUAAUUUGAUGCUGUGCAGUGCUGUUAAUGAGCAGUCCAUUUUAGAGAUGGUGUUUGACUGAGAGAAUUAUAUUUCAUUAAUUGCUAAGAGGGUAGUAAUCCAACCUUCUGUGUUAUCUUCCCCUAGAAAAGAUAAUGAGUAAAUAGUUUCUGGUUUAUUUUACUUGUAGAGGUUUAACUGGUGAAGCAGUAUUGUUGUAUAGUACCUCUUUUUUCUUUUAUGAAGUUUUGCUUAAAAAUCAACUGGAUGUGUACAAGCAUAACAAGAAGAAUAUUUUUAUUUGCCAUGUUUCAUUGCAGCCCAUAACUGACAAUCACAUAAGACAGCUGAUAGCUGAGUGGUUAGAGCACUGGUGUCUAAACCAAGAUGGGUGCCAGCUCAAUAUCCAUGUGGCACAGCAAACUUCCCCCUGUCAACCCAACUGUUGGGAACAGGUACCUAAAUAGAGGGUUGGGAAGGUAAGGCAGUAAGGGAGAGAAGACGGGCAUCAAACUCACAAAAAUGCUGGCCUAGAGAAAAGUGUGAUGUCUAACACUUCCAAUGACCUAACGAAAGGUUAGGGGACAAUCUUUACAAUUUUUUUUUUUUAUAAAGACAGUGAGCAUCACUUUCAACAUGACUUAACCUGUAGGGAUGAUUGACAGAUGAAGCUUUAGAUCUGUAGAGUACUACAGAUUAUCAUUGCUCUUCCUUAGUGAUGUGUCUGAGAACAAUGCUACCAACAAUGCUUCAGGCAUGAGAAAAUGUACUUUCAAAGAACAUACUGAAAUUCAGUGGGACUUGGAUUUCUUCUGUAUAUUUGUAUUGAGGAGGUGCAUGUAACAUCUGUGUAGCUUUUUUUGUUUGUUCUGCUGUUUGGUGACCUUUAAUGGCAAGCUGUAUGUAGUUAUGAUGUAAUAUGCUAAUGUAGUAUACUAACUUUUAAAUGUAUUGCCUGUAGCAUCUGUUCUAGUUUGCAAAAAAUCCUCUAGGGGUUAGCAUGCAUUCUGAAUUCACCUCCACAGUAGACAGAGUAGCCAAAUAAAUAUUUUAAGGAAACAUUAAAUGUGAUCAGUAGCUGAUUAAGAUAAAUUCAUUUUCAUAUAGCAGGGAUUAUACAACAUUUGCAGGGAUAGAAAGUGAAAGUAAAACAAUAAAAGCGUUGGUGAAAUGAAAACAUCAGGCAUAUGUGUUUCAAUUAUUUCAGAAAAUAAUAAACCAUGAAAUGUUACAGAUUUUCUUGUGAUUGGUUGUAAAAUUCUUGAUUUUCUUGCACAGAUGAUGGAGCAAAUUGAUGACAAAUUUUCAUGUGAAAAAAAAAAAGAAAAAGGACUUGCUUCUGUAGAAUUGUACAGUUGUACAGAAUGUUUGUCAAGAAAAAAACAUUGUUUUAUGUCUCAUAUUUUAUAUAAGUAUAUGAUCAUAAUUAAAUAAAUGAUUUUAAUACCCCAAUUCAUUUUGAUUCUGUCUCUCCUUCAUGUCUGCACAUCGACCCUCAGGUAGGCAUCCUCCAAUAUUUGUGUUGUUUCUGUGACUAAAAAGUCACUACAACCCGUCUAUGAUUGCAAUUCCUUUUGAAGGAAAAUUGUGAAAUGUUUUCCCAAUAUGUUUGUACAAGCUUGUACAAAUUGUAAUAUGGUACUUCUUGCACAUAUGCAGUCUUAUUUUUUAUGUAGCUUUUUGUUAUACCUUUGUCUUGCAGCCUCUAUAUUCUUGUGUUUGUUCACAUGUGUGAGUUUGUGCACACACACACACACAUAUGCCUGUCAAGCAUACCUGUGCGUUUGUUCAAAAUCUUGUUUACUUGUACACCCUUGUAUUCAUGCUCAAAAACUGAUUCCUGAUGUUUUUCUAGUCUUCUAGUGAAUGCUAGUUUGGGAUCAUAGCUUUUUGAAGACCUUUUUCUUGCUCUUGUUUAUUUAACUGUUCUCUUCAUUUAGAUAAAAUUGUGUGCUUAUCCAAAAGUCAUUUCUUGAUAAUGCGAGAUUGUAUUUCAUUUAGCAUGUAAUAUCUGAUGUGUAGUUGACCAUUCGCUUACAUCCCUAUUUGAAAAGAAAUUGCCUUCUUACGUCUUAAUGUCGGGAAAAAUUAGCUGAGAUUGAAAACAAAAUAUCAGAUUAUGAUUUUAAAUACUUAUUUAUGUUUUUAUUGAUUACUUAGGUCACUAAGGUUGGUUAUAAUGGCCAGUUAAAUACUCUGCAAAAAUUAGUGAUGAAUUGCAUAAAGCUAAGAUUUACAUUAUGAGUAUUAUGACAUGUUGUACUUGUUUUUUCAGCUGUUUCUUAUCACUAAAUAUUGAGAAGCUUGAUCUGGUAAUCUCAUUGGUAGAUGCUAGAUGCCUUAUUGAGAAUUACAGCUGCAACCUUUUUACAUCAUAAGGUGUUCCUUACUCUGAAAUAUUUACUUAGCUGAAGAUAAACUUCCAGCAUUGCAUUGUCCAAGGGUUGUAAUAUUUGGAUCUAAAGUAAGGUUCAGAAGGCCAGUUGUUGUGUGGGCAUACUUUGGAAGAGGUGAUCAUUGCUUAAAAAUGCUGUGUAAGUUUUCUGAUGCAAAUUUUGUUAUGUACAGAUACACAUAGCAUACUUAAUACACAUUCAAACUUUUAAAACCAACUUUAAUAUUUUAUCUACAGUUGGAGCAGCAUUUAUCAAGCUAGGAAAAUGUAUACCCAGGGACUUACUUUCAGAGAUUUUUCCAUCUGCUGCUUGAGGCAGGAGUGCUUUAUUGUGAAGUUUGUCUGGGAUGGUGCAUUUUGUCUUCAUUUGUUCUUGAAUUUGUUUUGUUUCUUUUGUAUUUAUACAGUUUGAAUACUAGACCCUUCUACUAUAUAAUCUUCUCACCAUUGUGUUUUCCUUCUCAUAUGAACAUUUAAUAGCUGUGUAAGCUUCAAGGGUGUUUAUAAUCUUUCCCAGCUUUACCAGGUUUAUCUUUGACAGCAUGG